CUUGGACAGUGAGUGGAGCAGUGCUCUCUUUGCCCUUAAUCCUCACUGUGUACUCAGCGCUGGCGUCGAGUGGGGUGUCCUUGAGAGUGAGUGUGUGGGUCUUCCCGUCCACCUCAGCGAUGACCAGGUCGCUCAAGGUCAGCUGCUGACCGUUCUUGAACCAGGUGGCCGGGAGGUCAGACUCGGUGACCUCGCACUUGAAGGUCACGGUCUCGCCCUCCUUGCAGGUCUGGGGCUUAAGGGGUACUGUGAACUCUAG